ACUCAUUAAAUAUUGACUUUUUUUUAUUAACUCUAAAAUAAUUCUAAAAUACUAGAAAAUUAUAAUAUAUUUUACUGUAUACGAAAAAUGUCAUACAGAUACAAAAAUGUAAAAAAAUUUCAUUUUAUUCUAUAUCUAUGCUAAAAAGAUUUUCUUUAUUGUUUCAAUGUAAAAAUAGUUCUUUUUUAGAUAAGAUAACUUGUUAAAUACCACAUUUCCUGAAAAACAGAAACCACAGUCAUCCAUCAUACCGAGUGACCUGAUUCAACAGGUGCUCUUGGUGGGGAUAAACUUCUUCCUCUUCUCUAAGCAGUCUCGCUAUUCGAUUACUCGCGACCGGUCGUUCGAGGUUGCUCGAUAUUUUGCAAUGCGUAUCGUUCAAUCAAACACGUGCACUAAUUGCACAACACGUUCGCGAACAAAUGUUUGUCAAAUAGAAUUCUCUUGUCUGACAAGUGCCGUCGAGUUAUGAAAAAUUUAACAAGCGCGAAGCGUUGACACUAUCGAAACAUUCGUGCGAUAUAUCGAUUUGUCAGUGAACCACGUGCAUUAUAUAACCCUACUCCGGAUUCCGGAGCAGUCGUCUGCCAACUGCCGAGAGUAGUUGCGUGUCGGUCGCACGCUCGUGAUUAUUCAGGUCAGGAUCGACGUGUAGAAAACAUUUUCACGCUCCUACGAAUUUGGAAUACCAUAAAAAAACAAGUGGAAUAUCUCUAAAAAAUUUGUAAUUGACGGAAAUACUUUGGCUGCAGCUUCAUUAUCUUAAUGAUGCGAUAAUCAGUUCGAUAUUAUUGCACUUUCUACAAAAGUAGGUGGAAAUUGCCACGAGCCAGCGAGAGAGUGAGAAAUUGACGUGCAGAAGAGUUCAUCGCGCGUGCAAAAUUUGAGACAGAACGGACGGAUGAGCAAAAUGCUGAGUCAGCGACUGAGUAACCGCCGAUUGCUAGUCGAUCUCCUAGCCCUGAUGUUCGGCCUGGGUGCUUGGAUCGGUGUGAAUGGCGUCUACGUGCAACUGCCCCUCAUAGUGCACGUAGCUCCAGAAGGCUGGAGCCUGCCUGCACACAUGGUGAUGCUGGUGCAAUUUGCCAAUUUAGGUCCCAUACUGUAUACCCUCUACAUAAAAUACUCCGCUUGGGCGUACGACAAAUACAUCAUUUACGCCUUGUUGGCUGCAGGAGCGUGUGCCUGCAUCGCGUUGGCCUUUCUGUACGAUUACACGUCGAUUGUAUUCGGCAAGGAGCACUCGACUGCACUCCUGUCUCUGAUGUUCAUCACCGCUUUGAUCGGAUGUACGAGUUCCGUCCUCUUCAUGCCAUACAUGAGGAACUAUCGUGAGAUUUAUCUAGUGUCUUAUCUCGUCGGAGAAGGGCUAAGCGGAUUCAUCCCGAGCGCGGUUGCGCUGAUCCAAGGUGUUGGCGGUAAUCCAGGAUGCAUCAACGUUACCAAGCCAGGCUCGAGCCACCUGGAAUUCGUGCCUGCAGAAUCAACUCCAAGAUUCUCCUCCUUGAUAUUUUUUAUCUUCAUCGGGACUCUGUUGUGCUUAAGUUUUCUCUCGUUCCUAUGCUUGAACGUUUUGCCGAUAGCACGCGGGGAGAGAGUCAAGCUCCCGAGCAGCAUGGAAAUGUUGCCGACUGACACGACGGCACCGCCGAGCUAUAAGACUAACUCCGGCUGGAAAAUGCCGAAGUAUACUUAUUACUAUUUGUUAGUCAUGAUGGCUGUAGUCUGUUUCCUAAGUAAUGGUACUUUACCCAGCAUUCAAUCGUACUCGUGUCUACCAUAUGGUAGCAUAGCGUAUCACUUAACGGUCACGCUGGCUUCCAUAGCCGGUCCGUUGGCUAUGUCCUUGGGUUUCUUUGUAAAAACGCCAGAAGUGAAAUUCCUCAAUAUACUUACGGCGGCUAUUUUAAUACUUUCCGGCUUCGUUCUCUAUCUCGCCGCAAAAUCGCCUUAUCCUCCCUUGCAAGAUUCAUGGGUAGGCGAGAUGUUGGUGGUCCUCGUAUGGAUAACUCUUUGCGGCUUGAUAGGGUUCGUAAAGAUGGGCAUUACCACGUUGUACCGGCCCGAUCCUGGCAGGGGUCUUUAUUACACCGGCGUCGCGACGCAAAUCGGAUCGUUGAUAGGCGCAAUUACCACGUUCGGUUUGGUCAACUACGCGAAGGUAUUUCAAUCUUAUUCCCCCUGCGCGCAUCUUGCGGAGAAUUAACGUAACCUGUACUUAGUUUUAUCAUUAUUUGCGUUGACAAUAUUAGAAAAUUUAUUUUUUAAACAAGAAGGGUAUUAGCUAUUAUAAAUAUUGUUAAACUGUCAAAGUUCUCUCCGCAAUUGUUGAGGGAUACAGUGAAAUGUAUUUAUGAUUCCUAUUUUUAUUUCAAUAGCAUACACAAAGACAUGCUUAGCGAUUAUAAAUUUACUAUUACAAAUUUAAUUUGAGACCAAUACUCACAUAAGGCGUAAAUGUAUUUAUAAAACAAAAAUGUUACUUUCUUCUUAAUUUGUGUACGUUUCAAAGAUUUCUUUUAAUUCGACAUUAUGCACAUUCUGAACAGAGCAUUUUUACAUAUUGCGUUAUCAAUGCAUAAACUUUAUCUCUGACAAACCUGGUAUAACUUAUACUUAUCUAUAGUACUUAAUAUCUGAACAGCUCAACUUUAAUUAUCAAAUUUGCAACAGAUUAUAUGUCAAAUAGUGCUCGACUCUUGCGCUUAAUCUUAACGUGUUUUCUCGUAUUCUCUAUUUUAUCUGAUAAAUUUUGUUGAGCAGAUUAAGAAUUAGUGCUGAAAAAGAGUGGGAGGGGAAACUUUUUUUACUUGCUUAUUUUAAUUAUAUCUCUAUGAUUCUGCUUUUGCUAAACUUGUGCAACGGAAUUCUUACCUCUAUUUUUAUCAUUUAAGUAACGUCAGUGUGUGCAUAUGAUAAAUAUGUCUGUGAUAUUUUUAAAAUGUUUAAAUUGUCAGACAUCAGUAUUGGUGUGAAUGAAUGAUUGAGUCUUCGAAAAUGCCGAUAGCGAUUUUCAAUCGUUGAAUUAGUCAAAUUCAAUUGUUUACUGUUUUUUUAAUAGAAUGGAUGAAAGAACCGAUGAUAAACGAAUUAGUGCAAUUAAUUGUUGUUUUGGACAUGUGCAAUUAUACAUCUUCUCGUGAUUUGUAGUGAUUAUGUCAUCUUUUUGGCAUAUUCACUUGGGUAAGCAUCAAUGGAAUAUUUCUCGAACUGCCACGAUUUUAAUGACAUUUACAUUGUGUCUUAAAUCUUCAAUUGUCGGGAAUAAUGUAUCAUUGAGUGUAGUGGUAUUAAUAUAAGAAGUCGAAAAACUCGCAGCAUUUAAUGUUCCUUUUUUCAAAUACAAGAAAAAUGAUUUUUCUAUCAUUUGAAGUUCUUGAGACAAUAUAUUAUUUCUUGCUCCUAAUUCUUAUAUUUCUAUCAUCGGUUAUUGCAUUUGUUGUUCUACAACUUUCAUAAAUUAUACAAAUCAGCAAGAACUUAAGUUGAGAGAAAACUCGAUUCUGAUUUUCUUGCGCAAAGUAUAAAGUAAAUUAUGAGCGUCACAACGAAUUUGCUACUAAUGUUUAUCACAUUGACAAACUAUUACUUAAGAAGGAAAACCAUGUCAUAUAAUUCUCCGUUUGAUACGGUGAACAGUCUAUGCUCCUAUUUAGAAAAAUUUAUUGAUAUAUCUUGAUUAAAAUGUGUUGCUUCUUCAACAGAUUUUUGUUGAAUAUCCGUAUGGACAUCUCAUCUAAAAGUUGUCCAUUGUUCGUAUCCAAUUAGUAAAAGAUAGUGUACUUCUUAUCAGUCUGUUAUUGGAUAUAAAGUUAUUAGUUCUAUGUCUGUCUUUAUUUAUUAGUCUUAAUUGCAUGAUAUUAGUUACAUGGGUAACAAAGCUGGCUCUGUUGUCCCCUUCAUCACAAAAAUCAACGAUUGAUAUGUGAUAAAUUAUUUUAUCUUGAAUCAUCCGUAUGGAUGUCAUAUCGUAUCGAAAACUUGUGAUAAUGUCCCUAGCACAUACCGUCUUCAAAAGUGUACUUUAACAUAGAUGUAAUUACGCAAACGGCUAUACAGUAAUGCACGAUUAUUUCGUUAAUUUCAAUUAACUUCCAACCAAUUGUUCAAGACAUACAACUUCCGUUCUGGGGACAAUUAUUAAAAUUCAGGCUUCUAUAUAAUGAUAAUAACGUCUAUUUCGUCGAAUAAAAAUGUAAUAACAAAAAUAAGUUGACAAUAAAAAAAAGUAAAGGUUUUUUUAUUGAGAUAAUAAGAAGAAUAUUUUUAACUUUUAGUUUUAGAUAAGUUGAAGUGCAGUUUACCCUGAUAGUAUCAGUAUAUGCUUUUCACAUUAAUUUCAAUAAAGUAUUCCAGAAAUUGUAUGAAAUCAAAAAGGCUAAGAUGUACAAAUAAAAAGUGUGUAUGAUACAUCUGUGCAUUUGCAAUUUUUAGAUAUGUGUAUGUGCAUUUAGUAUAUUGUUAGCAAAAAAAUAUUUUAAUAGCGAAUAUGUAUUCAUAAUUUUUACAUUAUAACAUGUUUAAGUAAUCACUACUUAAUGCCGAAAAACUGUACAUAAAUACAGUAUAUUUAAUAGUUUUAAUUGUAGAUUGUAAUAGAGAACAUAUAUUGUUGCGAAAAUUUAUUCAAAUGUUUAUUAUUUAUAAUAAACUAUGAAUUUUUAAA